AACACAAAACCUAAACUUAAUAAAACCUUAAUCACUCGAAGAAAUACAUCUCUCUUUCCCAUUUUUUCCAUUUUCCCCAUUUCAAUUUCUAGGGUUCAUACUUCUCUUCCAGCGAAAAUGGUGAACGUUCCAAAGGUGAAGAAAACCUAUUGCAAAAACAAGGAAUGCAAAAAACACACAACCCACAAAGUGACCCAAUACAAAAAGGGUAAAGACAGUCUUGCUGCUCAGGGAAAACGCCGUUAUGAUCGCAAACAAUCUGGUUAUGGAGGUCAAACUAAGCCUGUUUUUCACAAGAAAGCUAAGACUACUAAGAAGAUUGUGUUGAGGCUUCAAUGUCAAUCUUGCAAACAUGUUUCACAGCACCCAAUUAAGCGUUGCAAACAUUUUGAAAUCGGUGGUGAUAAGAAGGGCAAGGGUACAUCCUUGUUUUAGAUGUAUUUCUCUCUCACUUUUGUUUCAAGAUUUGGAUUUUGUUUACGUUUUUGGAUUAUGGUAUUAGUUUUGAAUAUUGAAUUACUUCUUGGGUUUUUGUGUUUUUGCACUAUUAUUAGAAUUGAGUUUUUAUGGAUUCAUGUGGUGAUAUGAAUGGGUUUUCUUUUAUUAUAAGUAUUGGGUUAUCUUUGGUUUAUUUAUUAAUUUUCAUGAUUUUCAUUGUGUUGUUGAUUGAGAAUUUAGUAUAAUUUUUCUACUAAGAUUUUAUUGGAAAUAAACUCUUUGCCCUUAUAAACGAGGGUAGGUUUGACUGCAUCCGAUCCCUAAAUCCCGUCUAAAUCGGAGCCAUGGCUCAGUUUAUGGUAUUAGAGUAAUGGAAUGUUGUUGUUUUCCAUUGUGUUGUUUGUUGAAAAAACUUAUUUGUCACCAAAUUUUUUUUUAUUUAAUUUAAUAUGUCACUAUAUUUUAGGUUCCUUAGUAUAACAAGUUGGGUUCUUUUUGAAAGAUACUUAUUUUUGAUGCAUAAACAAAAAAUAAUAACUUCCAAAGUCAUAAUUUUAGACAUGGAACUUUGGAUUGCAAUGCUACCUUAGCUUCGCGGCCUUGAUCUUUGGUGAUAGUGAUUGCAAUAAACCUUGUAGCGGUGAUGGCAAUUUUCGACUUCUUAUUUUUGCUUUUUGUAUUGUAAUGCAAUUCGAGAUCUUUAGAAAAUGGAAAGGUGAUACAUUCUAGAUAUUGCAAUAUGAAACUCUUAGGACCCAAAAUGGUGCUACUAAGUAGCAUAGAACUUCACUUGAUUCCAUCCUCAAUACUGGCAUUGCACUUAGUUGUAAGUUGCACCUAUUGUGUUAUAGUUUUCAGAUUUUCCGAUUUUUGUUCUUAUGCCAUUACCAUGUUUGAUAUGUGCGACUUGGUUCAACUUAGUAACGCCCUACGUGCAUGACCGUGAAAAAAGCUGCCUAGGUCUUGGUUUAAGUGGCUUCUGUUUAUUUGUUCUCUUACACUUUGAAGUAUCGGUGGUUGAAGUGAUUAUUGGCGUUCUUCAAUGCUGUGAUCCUAUUCUAGAACUAGUGUACACUAACUUUAUUGGUACACAACUACACAAUGAUGUGAAGAAAGUGUUUUUGAGUACUUGACUUGGGAAUGAGCUUGGUUAAGAUACAAAAGAUUAUCAAAAUCUUUUAUGGGGAUAAUAAUGAGUCUAGCGAUAGGGAAGACAAUGAGCUACCCUUAGGUUAAAUUAUUAGCAAUGUUGUCAACUUUGUUUCAAAAAGCGCUCCUCCAAGCGAGGCUCUAGAAAAAUCUCUUCUUUUAGUCUGGGCUCAACGAGAAACGUAAGGGGUGUGCUUUUUGCGCUUUUUAUGUGCCAAUCAAAUAUUUAUGACACCUAAAGCUCUAAUAAAAAUGAUUGACUAAUAGAAAUAGUACCGGAAU